UUCCGCACGUAACACUUGGAGCGACUCUUACCCUGUUCCUGGAUAUACCCCAUCUGUCCUGACACCCAAGCCCUGGGGCAGGUUUGGAGGGAUCAAGGAUGCUGCCCAGGAUUAUUAUAGUAGUGGUUCUGGGGGCAAUGUCCCACCCUCAGGUCCACGGGGCAACCACUAUCCACAGAAGCGGUUAUUGUUCAUUAUAUGACGAAUGUGGGCUGAAUCCAGAGGUGUCAAGCAGUCUGAUCCCAGCUAUAACUGCUUGUGAGUCCAAUACUCCAGCCAGGAAACUAAGUGGAGCACAUCUGGCACUCCUUAAGGACAUCUGUCCAAUGAUCUAUAAUGGAGAUAACAACACUUAUGCUUGCUGCUCAAUUAAACAGCUGCAGAGUAUAGAGAAGAACUUUGCUCUUUCUAAGGUCAUCUUAAGCAGAUGCCCAUCCUGUGCUGAGAACUUUGCCAAUAUCCAUUGCCAGAACACCUGUAGCCCAGACCAGAGCACCUUCAUCAAUGUCACCCGCACCUUUCCCACCAAUAUCACAGGGCAGCCAGAGCAAGGCGCGCUAGAAUAUGGCUGCUACUACCGCAAGAGUUUUGCAGAAGAUAGUUUUUAUUCCUGUAAAAAUGUACGUCUGCCUGCCACUGGGGGGUAUGCUAUUGCAACCAUGUGUGGGAAAUAUGGUGCCGAGCUCUGCACCAGCCAACGGUGGCUGGACUUUCAGGGGGAUAUUAGCAAUGGACUGGCACCACUGAUCAUUAACUUCGAGUUGCUAGACAAUGACACAGAGGUUGGAAAUGGCAUUAUUCCACACUCAAGCAAAGUUUGGAAAUGCAACGAAGGCCCAGGAGGAAGCGAGGAGAAUUCCUGCACAUGUCAGGACUGCAAAGAAUCAUGUCCCAGAAUCGCUCCUCCAGAACCCAUCCCUGACCCAUUCCAGAUCGGAGCUCUUGAUGGGUAUUUGGUGGUGAGCAUGGUGACCUGUGGAACCUUACUUCUCCUCUUCUUUCUGUUCCUGGGGUAUAGAUGUGCUAAAAGGUGCUGCAGGAAAGACAAAAAAACCAAAGAGCUUCCACGGGUUACAGAAUCCAACCUGAGCUGCUCAGAGAAGCUGAGUUUAAAGACCAACAGGCUAAUGGAAAGAGCCUUCCGCCGUUGGGGUACUACAGUUGCAUCUUAUCCCAAAACAGUUAUUGGAAUUUCAACCGUUAUAGUGAUUGUUCUCUCAGCUGGCAUGAUAUUAAUCCGUCUGACUACAGACCCGGUGGAAUUAUGGUCUGCACCCUACAGCCGAGCUAGACAAGAGAAGGACUUUCAUGAUGCCAAUUUUGGGCCGUUCUUUAGAACCAACCAACUAAUCAUCACUGUGCAGAACCGUUCUUCAUACUCCUAUGACUCUCUUUUCUUUGGGAAACUGAACUUCAGUGGCAUCCUCUCCCCUGACAUACUCCUGGAAUUGCUAGACCUCCAGACCAGACUGCAGAGUAUCACGGUGUGGUCAGAGAAACACCAGAAAAAUAUCAGCAUUCAAGAUAUCUGCUAUGCACCCCUGAAUCCUUCAAACCCCUCAGCCGAGGACUGCUGUGUGAACAGCUUGAUGCAAUAUUUCCAGAAUAAUCGCACCAGGUUCCUAAUGGAGGUGACGCAGACCGUUUCUGGAGAAACUGCCACAGUAGGUUGGCGAGACCACUUCUUGUACUGUGUAAACUCUCCCCUGUCAUUUCAAGACAUCACUGACUUAGAGUUGAGCUGUAUGGCAGACUAUGGUGCCCCAGUCUUCCCGUUUCUGGCUGUGGGUGGAUAUGGUGACAGUGAUUACUCAGAAUCAGAAGCCCUUAUUCUCACAAUUUCCCUAAAUAAUUUUGCCCGCAACGAUCCCAGGUUUGAUUAUGUGUUGCUUUGGGAGAAGAGGUUCCUGGAAAUUGUACAGGAGUAUUUAGAAGACCCAAAAAGUAACUUCACCUUCUCUUAUUUGGCCGAGCGUUCCCUGGAGGAUGAAAUCAACAGGACAACUACAGAGGACAUCCCUAUCUUUACAAUUAGUUACCUAGUAAUCUUCUUGUACAUAGCGCUUGCUCUCGGGGAGUACAGCAGUUGCCGACGUGUGCUGGUGGACUCGAAGAUUACCCUAGGCUUGGGGGGGAUCUUGGUUGUCCUGGGAUCUGUUGUCUCAUCUAUGGGUUUCUUCUCUUACUUGGGUGUUCCAUCUUCACUUAUCAUUGUGGAAGUCGUGCCUUUCCUAGUGCUGGCCGUGGGUGCAGACAACAUCUUCAUCUUUGUGUUGGAGCUACAGAGGGAUGAGCGGAGAGAAGGAGAGAAGAGAGAGCAACACAUUGGAAGGGUCCUGGGCAGUGUGGCCCCCAGCAUGUUACUCUGCAGUGUUUCAGAGUCCCUCUGCUUCUUCCUGGGUGCCCUCACCAGUAUGCCUGCUGUACGUACGUUUGCCCUGAAUGCCGCUCUAUCUAUUCUCUUGGAUUUUCUGCUGCAGAUCACAAUGUUUGUGGCUCUCGUGUCUUUGGAUACUAAACGCCAGGAGGAAUCUCGAUAUGACAUCUGCUGCUGUGUAAAAGCCAAAGGUGGGAAACCCAAGAAAAAAUCCAAGGGGCUGCUGAUCACAUUCAUGAAGAAGGUGUAUUGCCCCAUACUGCUGAACCCGGUCAGCCGGGCCAUAGUGAUGGUGGUGUUUAUAUUCAUGUUCUGCUGUGGGCUGUUUUUUAUGCUGCACUGUCCUGUUGGACUAGAUCAGGAGCUGUCUGUACCCCUGGAUUCCUAUGUGUUGAAAUAUUUCGAAGCUCUGAACAAGUACUUUGAGGUCGGUGUCCCGACAUAUUUUGUCACCACGUCAGGGUACAACUUCUCGAGCAUUGAUGGGAUGAACGGUAUCUGCUCCAGUGUUGGGUGUGAUAACAAUUCCAUGACCCAAAAGAUCCAGUAUGCCACGCAAUAUCCUGAAAGGUCUUACUUGGAGAUUCCAGCAUCCUCCUGGGUAGAUGACUUUAUAGACUGGCUAAAUCCCACCUCCGACUGCUGCCGGUUACUAUUAUUCAACGGGACAUUCUGUCCAUCUACUAGCACAUCACCAGGGUGUUUGAGAAAAUGUAUCCAAAAUCCGAGUGCAACACUGAGACCGACCCUGGAACAAUUCAAUAAGUAUCUGCCACUAUUCCUACAGGAUUACCCAAACCUAAAGUGUCCCAAGGGGGGUCUGGGGGCGUAUGAUAAUGCUGUCAAAUUCAAUGAACAUGGAGACAUCGUAGCUACUCGUUUCAUGGCAUAUCACAUACCUCUGAAGAACUCGCAGGAGUACACGGCUGCCUUAAAAACUGCGAGAGAACUGGCUGCCAGCAUCACACAAACACUCAGACAGGUGCCGGGCACGGACCCCGAAUUCGAGGUCUUCCCAUACACGAUCACGUAUGUGUAUUAUGAGCAGUACCUGACCAUCGUCACGGAAGGGCUGAUCAUGCUCGCGCUCUGCCUCAUUCCCACAUUCCUUGUCUGCUGCAUUCUGUUGGGUAUGGACUUGCGAUCCGGUUUCUUGAACCUACUCACCAUCCUCAUGAUCCUUGUGGACACAGUUGGCGUCAUGACCCUGUGGAGCAUAGAUUUCAAUGCCAUCUCCCUCAUCAAUCUGGUGACGGCCAUUGGAAUAUCCGUCGAGUUUGUGUCUCAUCUGACUCGCUCCUUUGCCAUUAGCCUCAAACCCACCAAAGUGGAUCGGGCAAAAGAAGCAACAAUCAACAUGGGAAGCGCUGUUUUUGCAGGAGUGGCAAUGACUAACCUCCCUGGAAUCAUUGUCCUGGCAUUUGCCAAAGCCCAGCUCAUCCAGAUCUUCUUUUUUCGCUUGAAUCUGACUAUAACUCUGCUUGGCCUGGUGCAUGGACUCAUCUUUCUGCCGGUUCUGCUCAGCUACUUUGGUCCUGAAAUUAACCGAGCCUUGUUACUGGAACGGCAGCUAUAUGAAGAGAAGAUGACCAGGAAGCAGGAGGAAAAUGUCUUCGAAAAUGGAUGUUUCCAAGAAGAGGAGAAAUCACCAAAUAACCAAGACUCACAAAAACAAAAGCACAGAAAGCACUCCAAGCCUUAAAAUGGUGCCCACUUUGCACAACCAAAAGGCUCAGAGAUUACCUCAUGAACUUUUUUUUUUCAAAAUGGCCUCUUCCCUGCACUGUAAAUUAGCAGUUAACUCUUCGCUGCCCUGUGGAGUUGCGCAAAGUGUCAAUGGCAUGAUGGGAACUGCAGGACGUUUUUACAUAACCCUGUGCGGCAGCUGAACUUUUUUCAAAAUACUAAUUAAAGGGGGCUCUGACGACUCCCCCUGAUGAUUUAUAUAACAUUAGAGGACACGUUAAAAUGGUCUGAGAACAGGAUGUUUGUGUGUUGGGUCGGUUAAUUGCUUUUCGUUAAUAUAUUAAAAAUAUAAAUAUUUUACAAUAAAACACUAUUUUUACACCUGG